AGGAAUACAUCGCCCCAGUUGGAGCCGCUAUUUGGAGCUGCUCCAUGGAGGAGGUCACUGCCUUCCCUGCAUGCUUCAUUCUGGGUUUCAUGGACAACCAUUAUUUGCUGCAACGGGCGCGGCCAAAAUGGAGAACUCUCAAGUUUCGCUCAGAGGAUUACGUGGCGAAACUUCACGACGUGCUGCUCAGCUCCGGCGGCUCCGUCUGCCGAAGCACGGAGGUGGCGAAACUGCAGAUCACUGAAAAGGGAGUGCAGGUUGUGACCACCACAGGGCAGACAGUGUGUCCGGAGAAACCAGAUUUCGACAAAGUGGUUUUGGCCGUGCAUGCUGAUGACGCCAGUGGCAUUCUUGCAAGAUCAAACGGCUUGAGCAGUCAGGACAAGGAGCUUUGCAAGGACACGAUUGACAAUUUCCGGUAUUCAUCCAAUGACGUGUACAUCCACACAGAUCCCAAGUUCAUGCCGAAGGAGAAGUCGUGUUGGAGCGCUUGGAAUGGCCUGAACCUGCCGGGUGCACCUGCAGUGGUCACUUAUUGGAUCAACAAACUGCAGCCCGGUGCAUGCACAGAGGGCAAGGAUGUCUUCGUCACAUUGAACCCCCCGAAGGAUUCCAUUACAAAGGAUCAGAUAUUGGCCAAGUACGUGUUGGGCCAUCCAUUGCUGGAUGUCCACGCUUUGAAGGUGCAGAGAGCACUUCCACAGCUGCAAGGCAUUGGGAACGGCAGCAUCUUCUUCUGUGGAGCCUGGUGUGGCAACGGAUUCCAUGAGGAUGGCAUGCGCAGCGCCCGUGCUGCGUGCGAAGCUAUUGGUUUGGACAUGGCCAAAUGGCCCGCGAAGAGACGUCCACUGGGUUCCCUAUCUCUGGUGGCGAAGAAAUUUUGGAAAUGGGUGUUGCAUCCUGGGAUGUCAAAGAUGAUCAAGACUGGAAAUCUUCGAGUGGUAUUUGGUGACGGUGAAGACUCCUUGAUCGGUGAUGGCACUGGCGAUGUCAUCGAAAUGCGCAUCCACAAGGAGAGCUUCCUUUGGAGCAGCCUGUUGGAUCCAGGAAUGGCCUUAGCAGAUGCUUACGAAGCAGGUGAUGUGGAGGUGCGCCCUGACAUCACCAGCCUCCUGUACCUGGUGUUGGACAACAAACCCAAAGGAGACGAGAAGAGCUCCCCAAUGGCCUGGUCGCCUCUGAAGUUGAUCUCGCCUGUGGCAAAGAAGUACAUGGCCAUGCUCCAUGCUGCUCGAGAGAACAGCAUCACCGGCUCUCAAAAAAACAUCCAGGCACACUAUGACCUGUCCAACGACAUGUUCAAGCUCUUUCUCAGCAAAGACAUGACCUACUCCUCUGGACUGUAUGAUGAAGAGGUCUUCAAGCUCAAGGCGGCGAACCCAACUCCUGAAAAUGACGACGGCGCAGAUUUCCUUGAGCUCUCACAGCAGAAGAAGAUCGAUCGCUUGUUGGAUCUUUUGGAGUUGGUUCCAGGGGACCAAGUCCUUGAAGUCGGCUGCGGUUGGGGCAGUUUGGCCAUCCGGGCAGCGAAGCGCUUCCCAGAACUGGGCGGUUGGACAGCUAUCACCAUCUCCAGGCAACAGCUGGAGUUGGCACGUCAGCGUGUAGUUGCAGCAGGUGUGCAAGAUCGUGUGCGCAUCAUUUUUUGCGACUAUCGGGACGUAGCAGCGAAGUUUGGCCCAGAGUUCUUUUCCAAAGCAGUGAGCGUGGAGAUGAUCGAAGCGGUUGGUCACGACUAUAUGCCAGGCUAUUUUGGGGCCUUCGAUGAGUGCUUGAAGCCCGGAGGGAAGGUUGCCAUCCAGGCCAUUUGCGUCCCUGAUGAACGCUACGAGACCUACAGGAAGGGCACUGACUUCAUCCGCGAAAAGAUCUUCCCUGGGGGCCAUCUCCCAUGCUUGGCGGAGAUUCGAAGGGCUUGCCGAGUGGGGAGGACAUCACUGCGUGAGUGCUCAGCGCCGUUUUCUUUGGGACAGUCAUAUGCCGAGACCUUGAACGAAUGGAGACGGCGUUUUGAACUUCACGAGACGCAGAUCUGUAGCCUCAUUGACCGAUCCAGUGGGGAAGGAUUCACCGACCGUUUCCUGCGAAGAUGGCACUACUACUUCACCUACUGUGAGACUGGCUUCCGUCGUAAACACAUCGAUGUUUGGCAGCUUUGUUUUGAGAAAGAUCCUGGGUCUGCUGAUGUCGCUGCAACCGCCAAAUUGGGUUCCUCCUUCGAUGGGGAUGCGUUGCACGGAAGCCGAACAGGUGUCUCAUCCAGCACAAUGUCUGGCAGCGUACAGGGCAACAUUGCCCAGCUGAAGGGGAAAGUGAUGGCGGUUGCGUUUGCCUAUGCGCAACGUAUGCUGGAUGAGGGCCGAGUGCCAGAUUGGCUGGUACGAAUCGGCAUUCGCAUGAAACUAGCCCAAAAGAUCCGCGAAGAAGAAGGUCGUGGCUGUGUUCAGUCUAUGCAAUCAAGCAAGUUGGACUUUAUCGAGACUUUGCGCACCAUGCCCAUUGCAAUUUGCACGACGAAGGCAAAUGAACAGCACUACGAGGUGCCAGCGGAGCUCUACCAUUUGUGGCUAGGUCCCAGAAAGAAGUACUCUGGCUGCGUCUACCCUGAGGAAGCACGCUGGCAUCUUGCUGCUUCGGCAGGUGAGCUGCUGCCGGAUGCAGAAGAGCGAUCACUGGAGCAAUAUAUCGAGAGAGCGGAAUUGGAGGAUGGCAUGACCAUUCUAGACCUUGGCUGCGGAUGGGGCUCCAACACUUUGUUUCUGGCUGAGCGGUUGCCAUCUUCUCUAGUUGUGGGGGUGUCAAACUCGCACGGGCAGCGAGGUUGGAUUCUGCAAGAGGCGGAGAAGAAGGGCCUCAAUAACGUCAGGGUGGUCACAUGUGAUGUGUCCACAACCAGCUUGGAAGAAACGUUGCCAGUGCUGCAUGCCGAGCGACCUGGUGCCACUGGAUAUGACCGUGUUUGCUCCGUCGAGAUGUUCGAACAUAUGAAGAACUACCAGCUGUUAUUGAGAGGAGUCUCCAAGGUUCUGCGACCGGGUGGCAAGCUGUUUGUCCACAUUUUUGCUCAUGCGCGCUUUGCCUAUCACUUCGUGGCCAAGACAGAAGCAGAUUGGAUGGCGCGAUAUUUCUUCGCAGGUGGCACCAUGCCUUCUGCUGAUCUACUAUUCUACUUUCAGGAUGACCUCACACUGCGUCGCCAUUGGCAUGUGAAUGGGCGUCACUAUCAGCUCACUUCCGAAGCGUGGCUGCAGAACAUGGAUCGUCAUGAAAGCCGCGUCCGUGAGUUGCUGCGACAGACCUAUCCACCAGGUACAGAAGAGGCCUGGUGGAAUCGAUGGAGAGCGUUCUUCAUGGCAUGUGCAGAGCUCUUUGGCUAUCGAGAUGGAAAUGAAUGGAUCGUGGCACACUAUCUUUUCGAGAAACGCACAGACUGAUGACUUUAUGACAAAGUCUUUAUCUAUUUCCCUAUAGCUGGCCUUGCUAGCAGUAGUGUCACAGUACAGGGACAGUGCCCGGACACUGCUACUCCAGAAAUUAUAAUAUGUAUUCUCCCGGGGGCUGAUUAUCCAUGAUCUGCACUGAUUGACUGAUC